GUAACAGAGCAUAAGCAACAACAGCCAUGGCCAUACAGAAAUCUCUCUCUCUUGCUUUUCUUCUUUUAUUAUUAGAAUUUCUUUCUUCCAAUGCCUUUACAACAGCACCAGCAUCCACACUUGGAGAAGCAGAGGCUCUCUUGGAAUGGAAAGCCAGCAUCUUGUCACCACAAGCUCUCCAUUCAUGGUCACUUCCAUCUGCUAAUGCUAGUGCCACCACAAUCUCUCCAUGUAAAUGGGUUGGGAUCUACUGCAACGGCCUUGGAAGUGUAAUCGAGAUAAGCUUACCGAGUGCAGGCUUGCAAGGUAAGCUUGAUAACUUGAGCUUCUCGUCAUUUCCAAACCUCCUCCGUCUCAAUCUCAGUGACAAUACACUCACUGGAACCAUCCCAGCUGACAUUGGCACUCUUUCUAGACUCAUCUCCCUCAAUAUCUCCAUGAAUAAUAUCUCUGGAGUUCUACCUCUUUCAAUGGCUAACCUUUCUCACCUUUCAGAGCUUCACAUCUCAUCUAAUGAAAUAAGAGGCGAACUAGCUCCAAGUUUCUUCACCAACUGGACCAAACUCAUCUCCCUUCAGUUCCAGAACAAUCAACUCAUUGGGAAAAUUCCAUCUCAAAUCGGCCUGCUUAAACAUCUCCAGAUCCUCUACCUCUCUGACAAUCAAAUUUCUGGUUCAAUUCCUGCACAAUUAGGGAAUCUCAAGAAUUUGGUUGGGUUGGCAUUGUACAAUAACAAUCUGACAGGUCCAAUCCCUCCUGCUUUAGGUAAUUUGAGAAACCUUGCACUUUUGUACCUCUACAGAAAUCAAAUUUCUGGUUCAAUUCCUGCACAAUUAGGAAAUCUCAAGAAUUUGGUUAAGUUGUCGUUGCAUGAUAACAAUCUGAUAGGUCCAAUCCCUCCUGCUUUAGGUAAUUUGAGAAGCCUUACAGUUUUGUACCUCUACGGCAAUCAAAUUUCUGGUUCAAUUCCUGCACAAUUAGGGAAUCUCAAGAAUUUGGUUGGGUUGGCAUUGUACAAUAACAAUCUGACAGGUCCAAUCCCUCCUGCUUUAGGUAAUUUGAGAAACCUUACACUUUUGUACCUAUACAACAAUCAAAUUUCUGGUUCAAUUCCUGCACAAUUAGGAAAUCUCAAGAAUUUGGUUGAUUUGCAGUUGACCUAUAACAAUCUGACAGGUCCAAUCCCUCCUGCUUUAGGUAAUUUGAGAAACCUUACAGUUUUGCACCUCUACAGCAAUCAAAUUUCUGGUUCAAUUCCUGCAAAAUUAGGAAAUCUCAAGAAUUUGGUUGAGUUGGGCUUGUCCGAUAACAAUCUGACAGGUCCAAUCCCUGCUUUAGGUAAUUUGAGAAACCUUACACUUUUGAACCUCUUCAACAAUCAAAUUUCUGGUUCAAUUCCUGCACAAUUAGGGAAUCUCAAGAAUUUGGAUGAGUUGGACUUGUCCUCUAACAAUCUGACAGGUCCAAUCCCUCCUGCUUUAGGUAAUUUGAGAAACCUUACAUUUUUGUACCUCCACAGCAAUCAAAUUUCUGGUUCAAUUCCUACACAAUUAGGAAAUCUCAAGAAUUUGGUCGAGUUGGCAUUGUCACAAAACAAUCUAACAGGUCCAAUCCCUCCUGCUUUAGGUAAUUUGAGAAACCUUACACUUUUGUACCUCUACAGCAAUCAAAUUUCUGGUUCAAUUCCUGCACAAUUAGGAAAUCUCAAGAAUUUGGUUGAUUUGCGGUUGAGCUAUAACAAUCUGACAGGUCCAAUCCCUCCUACUUUAGGUAAUUUGAGAAACCUUACAGUUUUGUACCUCAACAACAAUCAAAUUUCUGGUUCAAUUCCUGCACAAUUAGGAAAUCUCAAGAAUUUGGUUGAUUUGGAGUUGGGCUAUAACAAUCUGACAGGUCCAAUCCCUCCUGCUUUAGGUAAUUUGAGAAACCUUACAGUUUUGUUCCUCAACACAAAUCAAAUUUCUGGUUCAAUUCCUGCACAAUUAGGAAAUCUCGAGAAUUUGGUUGAUUUGGAGUUGAGCGAUAACAAUCUGACAGGUCCAAUCCCUCCUGCUUUAGGUAAUUUGAGAAACCUUACAGUUUUGUACCUCCACAGCAAUCAAAUUUCUGGUUCAAUUCCUGCACAAUUAGGAAAUCUCAAGAAUUUGGUUGAUUUGGAGUUGAGCUAUAACAAUCUGACAGGUCCAAUCCCUCCUGCUUUAGGUAAUUUGAGAAACCUUACAGUUUUGUACCUCAACAACAAUCAAAUUUCUGGUUCAAUUCCUGCACAAUUAGGAAAUCUCAAGAAUUUGGUUGAUUUGGAGUUGGGCAAUAACAAUCUGACAGGUCCAAUCCCUCCUGCUUUAGGUAAUUUGAGAAACCUUACACUUUUGUACCUCCACAGCAAUCAAAUUUCUGGUUCAAUUCCUGCACAAUUAGGAAAUCUCAAGAAUUUGGUUGAUUUGGAGUUGAGCGAUAACAAUCUGACAGGUCCAAUCCCUCCUGCUUUAGGUAAUUUGAGAAACCUUACACUUUUGUACCUCUACAGCAAUCAAAUUUCUGGUUCAAUUCCUGCACAAUUAGGAAAUCUCAAGAAUUUGGUUGAUUUGCAGUUGAGCUAUAACAAUCUGAUAGGUCCAAUCCCUCCUACUUUAGGUAAUUUGAGAAACCUUACAGUUUUGUACCUCAACAACAAUCAAAUUUCUGGUUCAAUUCCUGCACAAUUAGGAAAUCUCAAGAAUUUGGUUGAUUUGCAGUUGAGCUAUAACAAUCUGAUAGGUCCAAUCCCUCCUACUUUAGGUAAUUUGAGAAACCUUACAGUUUUGUACCUCAACAACAAUCAAAUUUCUGGUUCAAUUCCUGCACAAUUAGGAAAUCUCAAGAAUUUGGUUGAUUUGGAGUUGGGCUAUAACAAUCUGACAGGUCCAAUCCCUCCUGCUUUAGGUAAUUUGAGAAACCUUACAGUUUUGUACCUCAACACAAAUCAAAUUUCUGGUUCAAUUCCUGCACAAUUAGGAAAUCUCGAGAAUUUGGUUGAUUUGGAUUUGAGCGAUAACAAUCUGACAGGUCCAAUCCCUCCUGCUUUAGGUAAUUUGAGAAACCUUACACUUUUGUACCUCUCUAGCAAUCAAAUUUCUGGUUCAAUUCCUCUGGAAAUUGGGAAUUUGGUAAAACUCAAUGUGCUUGUGCUAUACAGAAACCUUCUAACAGGUUCUAUCCCUUCCACUUUAGGAAACUUGACCAAGCUUGAACUCUUCAUUGCAAGUGACAACCAUUUAACUGGUGAGAUCCCAAAAAGCUUCAGAAAUUGCACUAGGUUAACUAGAGUUCGACUCGACGGAAACCAGCUCAUUGCAAAUGUAUCAGAGGUCUUUGGUGUAUACCCACAUCUAUAUUUCAUGGAUGUCAGCAACAACAGGUUGUUUGGUGAACUCUCACCGAACUGGGGAGAAUGCAGAAACUUGAUGACGCUACGAUUCUCUGGAAACAUGAUCACUGGUAGAAUUCCUUGCGAGAUUGGGCGGUUGACGCGGCUUGGAGUGCUUGGUCUUUCUUCAAACCGUCUGGUAGGAGAGAUUCCAAAGGAAUUGGGGAGGUUGACUUCAUUGUUCAACUUGAAUUUAAGUAAUAACCAGCUUUCUAAUAGGGUUCCUCAAGAAAUUGGGAAACUGACCAAUUUGGAGAUUCUGGACCUAUCAAUGAACAACCUAGCUGGUCCAAUACCACCUCAGUUGGGGAAUUGCAUCAAACUAUGGUAUCUAAAAUUGAGUCAAAAUUAUUUGAAUGGAAGCAUUCCAUUUCAGAUAGGCAACCUGAUACACCUACAGGGUGCAUUAGACCUUAGCCAUAAUUCACUCAAUGGAGAGAUAUCAUCACAAAUUGGGAACUUGCAGAUGCUGGAAAUGUUAAACCUCUCCCACAACAUGUUGUCUGGCUCAAUUCCAAAAUCUUUUGAAGGGAUGCUCAGCUUACAAUCCGUAGAUUUUUCAUACAAUGAUUUGGAAGGCCCUAUUCCCAACAACAAAGCCUUUCAGAAGGCUCCUGCAGAGGCAUUCAUAAAAAACAAAGGCUUAUGUGGUGAAAUGCAAGGUUUGAGACCCUGCAAUGCUCCUUCAACAAGCCAUGGUGAUACAAGAAAAUCCCACCAAGUUGUCAUCUUCAUUGUUCUUCCUCUCUUGGCAGCCUUGUUUCUUUUAUUUAUAGUCAUCGGCGUUUCUUCCAUUUAUUACCAAAGACGAAGAAAUAAAGAGAAAGAGGUUCUUGAAAGGAGCAGCAGAAAUCCAUUUUCAAUAUGGAAUUAUGAUGGGAUUGAUGCAUUUGAACAGAUAGUGGAAGCGACAGAGAGUUUCAACGACAAAUACUGCAUCGGAACUGGAGGGUAUGGAAAAGUUUACAAAGCAAAUCUACCAUCAGGCCAAGUAGUAGCUGUGAAGAAACUUCACCCACUCGGAGGUGGGGAUCAAUCUGAUCAAAGAAGUUUUAGAAAUGAGAUUCGAGCAUUAACAGAAAUCCGCCAUCGCAACAUUGUGAAGCUUUAUGGUUUUUGUUCCCAUGCUCAAUUCUCAUUUCUUGUGUAUGAGUACAUGGAAAGGGGAAGCUUGGCUAGCAUCCUAAGCAAUGACAGAGGAGCUGCAGAGUUGGAGUGGACUCUAAGGGUGAAGGUUAUUAAAGGUGUGGCCCAUGCAUUAUCUUACAUGCACCAUGAUUGCACCCAACCAAUUGUCCAUCGAGACCUAUCAAGCAACAACGUGCUGCUGAAUUCAGAAUUUGAGGCCUGUGUCUCUGACUUCGGCACUGCAAGAUUGUUGAUACCUGAUUCAUCCAAUUGGACUACGCUCGCAGGCACUUAUGGAUACAUCGCUCCAGAGCUUGCAUUUACAAUGAGGGUGACCGAAAAAUGUGACGUAUAUAGCUUUGGUGUUGUGGCACUUGAAGUGAUGAUGGGAAGGCAUCCUGGGGAGCUCAUCUCCUCUUUGACAUCACCAAGUAGACAUGACACACUGCUAAAGGAUAUGUUGGACCAACGUCUCUUGGAUCCAACGGCUGAGAUUACACAGGAAGUCUUAUUUGUGGUGUCCAUGGCACUUUCAUGCAUUCGGCUAGAUCCAAACUCUCGGCCAACCAUGCACCACGUGGCUCAAGAGUUAUCUAUUAGUCGGCCUUCCUUCUCUCUAGGACCAUUCCAUGCACUUACAUUACGUCAGCUGAUGGAUCUCAAGGUAUAGUUGGGUGGAUGAAAAUCAUUGAGGUUGGGGGUGUGUAGAGGCAAGUACAUUAUUAUUAUGUGUGUUUAUUGUAUGAAAAUCAUCCAAUGUAGAGAAGGUGUGUUUUUCUUGUUAUGAUAUGAAUGUAAUUCAGUGUGCGGAAUCCAUGUUUACGCAAAAUUUAGGUUUUCAGGUGA